CUUCUCUUUCCCUUCCUCCUUUCUCUUCCCUUCCUUCUUUUCAUUCCUACACACCAACCCUUUCUUCCUCUUUUCACCUCUUCUUCCCUUCCUCCUUCCUCUUCCCUUUCUCCUUCCUCUUCAAUUCCUCCUUCCCCUUCCCUUCCUCCUCUUCCUUCUCUCCCUUCAUCCUAGGCGCCAGUGUUUGCAGGCGACAAAAACAAGUCAGCCAGUCUCAGCCAGUUGGUCUGUUUGUCAGUCAAGAGCAAGACGUAUAUGUGUGUGCGUGUAUGCGUUUGUGAGUGUGUGCGUUUGUGGGUGGGUGUGUUGCCCUCAGCGAACUUGCACACAGACACACAAGCAGUACGGUAAAUUCGUGUGCUAUACCUGUUCGUUUUCGCUGUAUAAUGACUGAAAAAUACGGUACUAAAACGCUGAAGUGACUGAAGUGUGUUGUUUCGUAUAUGUGUGCGUGCAUUCGUAUAUUUGUGAGUUUAAAUUACAACGAGAACGUCCUCCUACAUAUCACCUCAUCCUCCACUCUCUACUCCUCCACCUCCUCCUCCUCCACCUCGUCCUCGUCCUCGUAUGGAUUAUAACUAUCGAAGGAGACGUUGUGCUGAUUUGAAGACAUUUUUAAGAGUGCUAAAGAUGCAGAUUUGUGGAGAAAAACUUCAAAUGCUCAGCCUCCUCUUGAAGACUCCGAAAAGAACGAGUGAUAGAGGGAAAAAUAAGUUGUAUAUAAGAAGGGUCAAGGAAAACGAAGAGGGGACGUGCUGAUUGUAUAUUACCUGUUCAUGAAAAAGGAGGAAAACUGAAAUAAAGAAACACUGAAGAAAAGGAGAAAAACUGAAUAAAAUAGAAGGGAAACAAAAUAAAAAAGAAGGAAAACUAAAUUAAAAAGGAUGAGGUAAACUGAAUAAAAAGGAGGACACUAAUUAUAAAAGGAGAAAUACUGACGAAAAAGGAUGAAAAAUAAAAAAAAGGAAGUAAACUGAAUAGAAAAGAAAAUAACUUAUUGAAAAAAACAGAUGUGAAUAAAACGGAGGGAAACUGAAAGAAAAGGAGGAAAAGUAAAUAAAAAAGGAAGAAACUAAAUAGAAAUGAGGAAUACUGAAGAAAAAGGAGGAAAAAUAAACAAAAAGAAAAAAAAUGAAUAUAAAGAAAGGGAACUUACUAAAACAGAUAAGAAAACUGAAUAAAACGGAGGAAAGCUGAAAAAAUGGAGGAAAACAAAUGAAAAUAAAAAAAAUUGUUAAAUCUUCUAUAUUUUAAGCAGGCUACGAAAACAGUAUUAAUGGAAAAGAAAAGUAUUUAUGUAAGUUUGGUCAAUGAAAGACAAAGAAAGUAGAAAACGAGUGAAAUCUACUCUAUUUUGAGGAACUAAAAAAGAAAAUGAUGUAUAGAGGGAAUAAUAUAAAGAGGCGACGGAACAAGUUUGAACGUACGUACGUGUCGAGUUCAUGAAGCAAGAGUCGAAUAAAAAGAAAAAUUAAUGAGAAGCAGCGUGGAAUGACUUGUACGUUUUCAAACAAUAAUGAGAAAACAACAACAGGAAAAACAACAAUAGAAAGAUCAACAAUAAGGAAAAACACAAAGAACAGCAAUACGAAAAAAAAAUGAAGAAGGACGGAAAACAAUGCAGCAAACAUACAGCAAAAAUACAACAACAAAUACAAUAUUAAAAAUGGAAAGGACUACAGUGUUUCCUAGUGUCCAAAGACCUGUUGCAAGGAACAACAAAAAACAAUAGCAAAUAGUAAAUAAAACAGAAAAUGAUAAUCCAGUGAAUAAGAAAUGCUAAAAAUUAUGGAGACAAACAAUGAGUAUUCAAACUUAGCAGGAUGAAGAAAAUGAAGGCAACCACCACUCCCACCUUCACCACUAUUCUCCCCACCACCGCAACCACCAUCAGACGAGACCUGGUCCACUUGCUGCUGCUAUUGAUGAUGAUGAUGAUAAUGACACUGACCUCAGAGGCACACCAGCAGGAGCCACUGAGGGAAAAUCUCUGCUAUCCUCCCAAUGACAACAUACCGGAUGACUUCCAGCUCAAGCCUAACUGUAUGGUUCCAAUCCUCGAGGAGCUGUGCAAGAAUAACACUCCCGAGGUGGACCCGCAGGAAAUCGGACCUAACCAGAGGUUUGACAGGGGGCUACCUCCAUGCAAAGGCGCCAACUGUAGCAUCGAUUGCCUUCACUACACCUUCUGUUACCGAGACCUGGAGAUGAAGAUUGAGAAUGUGAACACGAACGUGCCGCAGAUGGAGGUCGGCACCUUGGAUGAAACUCUCAAUAUCAACCCUUUUUGCAGCAGGUACAUCGUAAAUAUGAACAAGACAGUAAUCAGGAAUGCGGGCGCCUCCUGCUGGGGUCAACUCAUGUGUACCUGCGGCAUCUGCUGCGAGACUACUAACAAGGGCUGCCUUACUAACCCCGGGCUACCAAUAACACCGCAUCACAACCAUCAUCACCAACACCACAACCACCACAACCACAAUCAUAACCCCCACAACCACCACUACCAAUUACAACGAAUUCACCACCCCCUCCAGUCCUCCUUUAUCCACCCUCUACCUCCACCUCCACUUCCUCCACCACCGCCACUGCUUCUCCCUCCUCCACCUCCACCACUUCCACCACCGCCGCCACAAAGGAUAAGAGACAGACUCCGUGCUCUUCUUAGGCUCCUCCCGAGACUUAAUUUGUCGAAUGCUAACAGGAUGAAAGUGAUAACAACGAUGCUGGAGGGGACCUACAGUGACCUGCAGAGACACCUACAGGGCCAGAACAAGCCCCUGAGACCCAGAAGGCCGACAAUGCUGAACGCCACGCAAGGGACGAGGAUAAGGGCAAUGAUGGGUGGAUAUAGAUACGUCGAGGGGUAACCACUGGAGGAUGCAAGGAUGCGCACUCGACGAAGGAUACACGACGAAGGAUACUCGACGAAGGAUACACGACGAAGGAUACUCGACGAAGGAUACACGACGAAGGAUACUCGACGAAGGAUAAGCCACGAUGGAUACUCAUUUUGCGACUAAGGAUAAUGAGCAGCGUAACCAGAUUAUCGUACUCAGAACAUUGCUUUUAUGAAUGUCAGACCCAAAACUGUCGUACCCACACUAAUAAUGAUAUCCCAUAAAAAUUACUGUGAAAAGCAUAGGUAUUGAUUUUUUCUUUGCAUUAGUUAUGGGUCUGAAACAGGAAAAUACGAUAUCCUAUGUACGAUAAUCUGGUAACAUUGACAGUAAAAAUACGAUGAAUGAUAAUGAUGAAGAGAAGAAGGAAUGAUAGUGAUAAAAAUAUGGAGGAAGAAUAAUGAUAAGAAAAUGGAGGAAACAUCAUGUGACUAGAAAAUGGUUGUACAAUGAAUAAUGAUGAUGAAAACAAUAAUGAUAAUGACACGAAGGAUUAAUAACUAUAAAAUUAUGGAGGAGGAAAGGAUUUAUGUGCCGAAGGAAAAUUAUUGUUUGAUGAAUGGAUAUGCUAUGAUGAAGGAUUAUGAUAGUAAGUGAUUGGACAGACAAAGAGGUAAAUAAAGGAAAAAAAGAUGAACACACAGACAGAAAAGAAAGAUGAGUGACAAAAAAACGCGACCAAGAGAUGAAACAAGGUAUGAAGGAAGGAAAUAUAAGUAUGCAGGAGGAGGGAGAAGAAAGGGGAAUGAAGGAAGGAGUAAUUAGUUCAAUAAUGUAGGAAGGCAAAUGUGAAAAUGCAUAUAUGUUAAGUAAUGCAAUUGUGAAGAAUCCAGAUAAUCUAUAUUAAUGUCUCUUGUUAAUCUUUUCUCAUUUUCUCAUAUUCUCUAGUUUCUCUGUUUUCUCUCUUAUUUCAAUGUGAACUUUUUUGCUGAUAUUUUCUUUACCUCUUUCAACCUAUAGUUAUUUUCUUUCUUUGCGCUGAAUGUGGCUAGUCUCUCUCUCUCUCUCUCUCUCUCUCUCUCUCUCUCUCUCUCUCUC